UGUUUUCGGUUUCGAUUUGGCCGAGGCGCCGCGGUAGUCAGUAGCCGUUGUAGGCUGAUGGACCGAGGAGCAAGCAACUCCCAGCGCUUCAGUCUCAGUUCCCCCAAAAAAAGCGAUCGAAUCGAUGCGCUCUGCGAUACGCGUGCAGUUAGUCGAAUUCUUGACGGUCGAGUGACAAGGUGCGUCGCGCCGCGAACUCCCAAUUGAAAGCAUCCUAUUAAUCUCACCGAGUGAGCCGCCGCGAUUCUGUGCCUCCGUGGUAUAAACCCACUAGCGGAAAGUGUUGUGGUGAUCCAAGCCUAAAGGACUUGCUUAUUAGACAAAACAGUGGAUAGCCGGCGGUUACCUAUCAGCUUAAUACAGAAAGAUAAAGAUUUUCACUGUUCCCUGAUCGGUUCUGGGCUGGACGGAGAGGCGAUUUCGUGGAAGCCGUAAAAAGACUUCGGGGAGUGGGCCGCUGAAGCAGCAUUCGAACACCGAGAACCUCUCAGGUUGAAGCGAGCAUCCUAAUAGCCCGGCGACCACGACGACAUCCAUCAAAGCGUUUUUAUGGCGUUCUUGCUUGAAAUUUGAUUAAAAUUCAGCGAUUAACUAAGCAGCCGCAGCAGCAGCAACAUCAGUAUUCGACAAACAGCAAAUAAACCAAAAUACUUUACGGAGGCUAAGCGACUGGACGGAGAGAUCGAAUCGGAUCGGAUUGAAUCGAGUCACUUUCGGGCUUGAAUUGAAUUGUUGAUCAAAAUUUGUAGUCGGCCUGGAAUCGAUUUCAGCCAUGCCGCAUACAGGACAAGCUGGGGUCAACCAACUGGGAGGAGUAUUCGUCAAUGGCCGUCCUUUGCCGGACUGCGUUCGUCGCCGGAUCGUCGAACUGGCCGUGUGCGGAGUCAGGCCCUGUGAUAUAUCCCGCCAGCUCCUGGUUUCCCAUGGAUGCGUCUCUAAAAUACUGACUCGCUACUACGAGACGGGAUCUAUUCGACCGGGUUCUAUUGGUGGCAGCAAGACCAAGCAAGUGGCCACUCCCACUGUGGUCAAGAAGAUCAUCCGUCUGAAGGAGGAAAACAGCGGCAUGUUUGCGUGGGAGAUCCGGGAGCAGCUGCAGCAGCAACGAGUCUGCGACCCGAGCUCAGUGCCCUCGAUCAGCUCGAUUAACCGAAUCCUGCGGAACAGCGGCCUCUGGACGGACGAGAUGACCUCCAGUCAGCAGAACGCAGCAGCAGCAGCGGCCGCAGCAGCAGCGGCAGCGGCGACAGCGGCCCAUCAAGCGGGUACCGCCGGUCCCUCGCCCGGCUACCAAGUUCCUCCACCAGUGGCAGUGGGCGCACCUCCGACCCAUGCCGUUACACCCACCGCCGCAAUGCGAUACGGGAAGCCGACGACGCUGAUGCUGACCUCUCCGAGUGGAGGCGGCAGCGCUGGCGGUGAGAUGCCCAUCAAGCCGGCUCCCAAAAUGCCGCCCAACUUGGCCCACGGCCACAGUCCCAGUCACGGCCUCAACCCGAAUGUUUCGGGCCUGGACUUGAGUUACUCGGCUCUGCACAAGCACUGGCUGUGGAACCCGUCGCUGCUCUACUACACCCAAGCACACAUCCAGGCCCAGGCGGCGGCCUCUGGGGGGCAGUUCCUACCCUACGCCGGCGGCUACUUGCCUCAUGCCAUGGCAGCCGCGGCUGCCACUUCCUCCGCCAGCACCGGUGGUUUCACCAAGUCGGAGAGCUCCAUCGAUUUGUCCACGCCUGGAGCGGCCGGUGACGCGCUCAGUGAUUGUGAUUCUGGAAAGUCCUCGCCGGCGGCUCUGUCCUUAGUAGCCUCUGGUGGAGGCGCCGGCAUGGGUCAUGCUCCCGAGACCUCACCAGGAGCCCCUCUGACUCACAGCCGCAAGAGGAACCCCUACUCCAUUGAGGAGCUGCUCAAGAAGCCCGAGAAACGGCUGCGACUGGACAGCAGUCGCUUGGAGUGCUUGGAGUCCAGUUCGUGCGAGAGCAGCCAAGACAGCCCAAUCGCAUUGCCAGUGGAAGUUAAGCCGGAGGAGGACGAGCCAGCCGAGGGCGACGAGGAGCCCGGGGAGGACCAGGAGGAGGACUGCAGCGUGGAGGUUGUCAACUAGCUCCUAUGCCAGUACCCCUCCCCCACUGACCCAGUUAUGAUCUGUGUAUAUAUGUUAGAAUAAUCCUACGCACCAUGGUUUACAGUUUCACGGAUUCGGAAUUAGUUAAAAUGUAUCUCUGUUUAAGCUUCAUUCCACGCUAAGAUCUCUGAUUAAAUCUGACAAAGCUUAUUGAUUCUCUAGACUCUAAGCCGUAAUACUUUUGAA